CGUCGAGGCCUCAUUAAGGCGCGGGGUCGCGUCUCUCCCGGCGCGGUGGCGGCUGGCAGGGCAGGACAGAGCAGCGGAGCGGGCUGGCGGUGGCCUGGGCUGCGGAGCGACGGGUGGGCUGCGACCUGCUGCAGUGAUUUCCCGUAACUAGCCAAGGCUGUGUGGUGGCCUUUUGUGUAAAGCAGCUGGGAUUUGUGUAGGUUGUUCCUUUACCAUAGGAAAGAUGCAUCCUUAUUAGAUGCCAGACCAGUUAUCAACUGUGCUGAGCUGCAAGCAAAAUGGUAAAGUACAGGCUUGUUCUCUUAAGACACGGGGAAGGAGCCUGGAACAAGGAGAAUCGCUUCUGCAGCUGGGUGGACCAGAAGCUGAGCAGUGAUGGCAUAAGGGAAGCUCAGAACUGUGGUAAACACCUUAAAGCACUGGGCUUUGAGUUUGACCUCGUCUUCACCUCUGUACUGAGACGCUCUAUCCAGACUGCAUGGCUUAUCCUGGAAGAGAUGGGCCAAGAGUGGGUCCCCAUUCAGAGUUCCUGGCGACUGAAUGAACGUCACUAUGGUGCACUAAUCGGUCUCAACAGAGCAGAAAUGGCUCUGAAUCAUGGGGAGGAGCAAGUGAAAAUAUGGAGGAGAAGCUAUGAUGUUACCCCACCUCCCAUAACUGAGUCUCAUCCAUACUAUGAAGAGAUAUACAACGAUCGCCGGUAUAAAUGCAGUGAUGUGUCUCAAGAUAAUCUCCCAAAAGCUGAAAGUCUAAAAGACGUGCUUGAUAGACUCCUUCCCUAUUGGAAUGAAAAGAUAGUGCCAGAACUGAAAAGUGGCAAAAUGAUCCUUAUUUCUGCUCAUGGUAACAGCAGCAGGGCAUUGCUGAAGCACGUGGAAGGCAUCUCUGAUGAGGACAUCAUCAAUGUUACUCUUCCCACUGGUGUGCCCAUACUCCUUGAACUUGAUGAGAAUCUGCACCCUCUGGGCCCUCACCAAUUUUUGGGUGAUCAAGAAGCUAUUCAAGCUGCCAUCAAAAAAGUGGAAGAUCAAGGGAAAGUAAAAUCUGCUGAGAAGUAAAAAUUCCACUAACAGAGCUGUUUCCCAAGUGUGGUAUUAUGUAUGACUGCUAGGUUGCACUGUGUGAAAGUCUGAAUUUCAAGCACUAAAUAAUAGGAAGGGACAGUUGAUGAAUCUCAGGUUGGUAGAUGAACCCUCUGCCUUUCAAAAACUGGAAUUUAGAUCUCAGUGUGAGGUUAUAGAUACAGAGGAAAAAAAAAAUCAGAUCAUUCAGGUAAUGGAGACUUGCAGAGCAGUCUGCCCCACAUCUAGGGUUGAGGGUGGCCUAGUGCAGGAAUAAAAGGGUAUGUUAUUGGUGUCUGCUAAUAAUCAGCCUUAAUCUGUUAAGGGGAAAAGCAUCAGUUUACUGGACUAAGUUCAGGUAAUUAGGCACUAAAACUUUCUCACUCAUAAAAUGACACUAGGUAACAUUGUUAUCUGAGACAUUUCUGUGUCAAUAGCCAUGACAGCUUGUUCUGGAUGGACUUCCUUUGGUCUUUUGGAACACUUCAGCUGUACAACUCUUUGCCUUGUGUUAUUUUUGAGUCUUCCAAGGCCAGCUCAUGGUCUAGAAGAGAACUUUCUAGAGAAGUUCAGAUUGUUAUAGUUGCUGUAGUUGUCUUUUGUUACUCUAUAUUCCAGUUUAUAAGGAAUCUGGAAGGAACCCCUUUUCCUCCACCAUCUUUGCAAAGCCUAGCAUGACUGCCUUUUGCAAGCUGGCAAUAAUAAGAUUUAAUUCAGACUUUAGUCUGUAAACUGAGCACAAAGGUUUCCUGCUUAAUGUUUAAAUAUCACUUAGCUCUUAGUGAGUGACCUGAGUAUUGUUCAACAUUUGAUUGUCUCAGCCAAGUUGUUAAAAUAACUCCUGUUUACCUCAGUAAGACUUGGAUCUAGGAAAAUCCCCCUCUAAGCUUUCCUGAGCUGCAAAGAUCUCUUCAUAAAUAUGUUGUACACUAAUAUUAUUGUGACACUCUCUGUAUCAAUUGCUCUGGAGAGCUGGAACAGGUGCGUAAGGUGACAUGUAAGAAGUGUUAUUGGAUUCAGCUCAUUCAGCCAUCAUGCUGGUAGGGAAGGGUGUUCUUCCAUGCCUGAAAAUAUUCUGUAAAACUCACAACUGUAGAUUGAUUCCUGCUGAGUGUGACCUUGCUAUUGUGUUAGGCACAAAAUUGAACAGUUCACACUGUGGUUGAGUGUAGUGUAGCAUGUAUGGCUGUUUGUUCUCUAGGUACACAAGCAUGAGGGUAAUUCCAUUUUUGAAGAAUUGCUCUAAUUUUACUUGCACACGUAAAACUGUUACUUAAAAUAUAUCACAACAUCUAAACAUCUGGAUUCUGACCUUAGUUAGCCAAUGUGGGUGAUACUUGUGUGUGUACUCCUUGAGCUGAAUGUGUUCUCAGCAUGGCCCAGCUACAAAGAAGUUGAUAAGAAUUCCCUUGGUAUGAUGCUAGUAUAAACUUCAUAAUUCCUAGAGUAGCUGCUGCUUUGCAGUGAGCAACUCCAGCUCAUUUCAUGUGUGAGGAUGUUUGUUCCUUUGAGGAGAGCAGUGUGGCAGCAUGGUGUGCCUCUGGUAGUCUCUCUGAUACAUGGAGGCAGACAUUGCAGGUCUGGUGCUGGCUUACAUUAGUAUAGCAUAUACUCCAUAAAAGACUUCCUGCUAGAUGGUAGUUUCUCUUGCACAAAUGGUGCUUGGGCUUCUCCUUGGUUUUGUUCUUGUAGCCCUUGAAGUAAGAACAAAGCUAUGUGUUUCUCUUUUUAAACAUAAGUCUGGUAGAUUUCCUUUGUACAAGCAAGGAUGUUUCAUAUUGUUUUCUCUGAAAUGCUAUUAACAGUUUCCCUGCAACUCCGAUUCAAUAAUGUAUCAAGUUCAGUAUCAAGAAAAAGUUACUGUAGACUCACUAACAAGGCAAGCAGAGCUACCUGUUGUCAGUGGGAACCGCCUGCAUUCAGAUGUGUGGGCUUACAGUCAUGGCUGUCAGUAUUCAUAGCUCUUUGGGAAUGUGCAUUUUAAUGUAGAACUUCAGGACUUGAAUUGCAGCUGGAAUAUACUUAGAAAUGAACCUAACUGAACUGGAAAAUGUGCUCACUCUUCCCCUUGUCUCAGAAUUCAUUAUCUGAGGAUGAAGUGGGGAAUGGAAAGGUGGAUGAAUGUAGAGAGCAUUAAUACUUCUUGCAGUUGAAUGGAUGAAAUCAAGUGAAAACACUCUUUCAAAGAGUCAUGGACAGUAGGAAAAGAACAGCAUUGUGAUGUCUUCAGGUGGUACUGUUUCUUUAGUGCUACUUGAGGCACAAAUAGUGACAAUGCCCUUGGAAGCUGGACUUCAUUUGCUUUGUUUUUCUCCAAAGUGUGAUGACAGGAUUUUAUGUGCACAUCUGGCAGCAAAACCACCUUGCAGAAGUAUCAAAUGAAACCAAUUGGAUUUCAUUGUGUUGAAUAUUGUUUUAACACUUUACAGUGCUUGCUUCUGAAUAGCCUUCUAGUUAAAUUCCUGAGUAGUAAAAUGUUUUUACUGAAGAACAGAAACCAACUUCCAUCAAUGGUGGCAUAAGGAUGCCUGAUUUUCAGACAUAGCUAUGUUAGAGGGAGAAAAAAGAAUUGUGCUGGUGGCUUUAGAAAUCAGUGGUUGGAAAACCUUUUCCCUGUGUUUGAAUAUGCCUCCAAGUCCCAUAAAGUUACUGAUGUUACAGCUGACAUUAUGGAUGUGAUUGAUCUGGUUUGUUUAUCCAUUUUUAAGUUGUGGUUCAGUAGCAAUAAUAGCUCUAUAAAUCCUCUUGAAAACCUUUGUAAAUAUGGUGGAGUUGGCAGGUUCUUUGUAACUCAAUAAAUUCACCUGAAACAGCAUUUGACUUGGGUU